UUAUUUUUAUUUUCUCUGUCGUUUCUGAAUUCGCGCGAUAAGGCUGUGAGAGCGCUCACUCCAGAGGCUGAGGGGUGCGAAAAUGGCGUACCAUCUCUGCUCUUCCCCUGCUUCCCUCUUCCACGACCCACCUUCCAUCUCCGUCUCUUCUUCUUCUUCUUCCCGCAAGUUCAAACCUCGAACCUUUCAACCCUCUUCUUCGCUCACUCCUCAACCCAAAACCUCCCUCCACGCCAACCAUGUCUCCUUGCAGGAACCCAUUCCUCAACAACUGCCACAGGACGACACCAACUCCGAAAAUGAUGCCAACCCAGUUGCAAAAUCUUCGUCUAACUUCAUCUGGGUCAAUCCCAAAAGCCCCAGAGCCAAACAACUCAGGGAGAAAUCUUAUGAUUCCAGGUAUAGUUUUCUUGUCAAACUUGCAAACUCCUUAGACGCCUGUAGUCCCAUAGAGGAGGAUGUUUCUCAAGUUUUGAAGGAGUUAGGGGACAGGGUUUUAGAGCAAGAUGCUGUGAUUGUCAUAAACAACAUGUUGAAUUCUGUUAAUGCAACUCUUGUGCUGAAAUACUUUCAGCACAAGAUUAGACCCACCAGGGAGGUGAUUCUUUACAAUGUCACCCUCAAGGUGUUUAGGAAGUGUAAGGAUUUGGAUGGUGCGGAGAAGCUGUUUGAUGAAAUGCUUCAGAGAGGGCUCAAGCCUGAUAAUGUUACUUUUUCAACUAUAAUUAGCUGUGCCAGGAUGUGUUUUUUGCCUAACAAGGCUGUUGAGUGGUUUGAAAAGAUGCCCACUUUCGGAUGUGAGCCUGAUGAUGUUACGUACUCGGCUAUGAUUGAUGCUUAUGGACGGGCUGGUAAUAUUGACAUGGCUUUGAGCCUCUAUGAUCGUGCGAGGACCGAGAAAUGGCGGAUUGAUCCUGUCACGUUCUCAACGUUGAUCAAAAUGUAUGGGUUGGCAGGAAAUUAUGAUGGAUGCUUGAAUGUCUACGAAGAAAUGAAGGCUCUUGGUGCUAAGCCUAACUUGGUUAUUUAUAACACUCUGUUGGAUGCCAUGGGGAGAGCAAAGAGGCCCUGGCAGGCAAAGGCUAUAUAUAAAGAGAUGACAAAUAAUGGAUUUUCUCCAAAUUGGGCAACCUAUGCAUCUCUCUUACGAGCCUAUGGUAGAGCAAGGUUCAGUGAAGAUGCUCUACUUGUUUAUAAGGAAAUGAAAGAAAAGGGGAUGGAACUGAACCCGCAUCUUUAUAAUACCCUUUUAACUAUGUGUGCUGAUGUUGGCUACACUGAUCAAGCAUUUGAAAUUUUUGAAGACAUGAAAAGUUGUGCUAGUUGCAAUCCUGACAGCUGGACAUUCUCUUCGUUGAUUACCAUAUAUGCCUGCAGUGGGAAAGUUGUAGAAGCUGAAAGAACUUUGAAUGAAAUGCUUGAAUCUGGAUUUGAGCCUACUAUUUUUGUUCUGACAUCACUAGUCCAGUGCUAUGGAAAAGCCAAGCGCACUGAUGAUGUUGUGAGGAUAUUUAAUCAGCUCUUGGAUUUGGACAUCAGUCCAGAUGAUCGUUUCUGUGGUUGUCUUCUGAAUGUUAUGACCCAAACACCCAAAGAAGAACUUGGUAAGCUAACAGAUUGUGUGGAGAAGGCUAAUCCAAAGCUCGGGUCUGUGGUGAGAUAUUUGGUGGAAGAGAUGGAGGGUGAUGGAGAGUUUAGAAAAGAAGCAUCAGAACUCUUCAAUUCUAUUAAUGUUGAAGUAAAGAAGGCCUUCUGCAAUUCUCUGAUUGAUCUUUGUGUUAACCUGAAUUUGUUGGACAAAGCAGGUGAGCUUCUGGACCUGGGCUUGACACUUGAGAUAUAUAAGGAUGUACAAUCCAGGUCUCAAACUCAGUGGUCCUUACAUCUAAAGAGUCUCUCACUUGGGGCUGCGCUGACUGCAUUACAUGUUUGGUUAAAUGAUUUGUCUAAGGCUUUGGAGUCAGGAGAGGACAUUCCUCCUGUACUUGGAAUCAAUACGGGUCAUGGGAAACACAAGUAUACUGUGAAAGGUUUGGCAAGUGUAUUUGAAUCCCAUUUGAAGGAACUCAAUGCUCCAUUCCACGAGGCUCCUGAUAAGGCUGGCUGGUUCUUGACUACACAGGUAGCACUCAAGUCAUGGCUGGAGUCUAGGGGCUCCCCUUCCUCUGAAUCAAUUGCUGCUUAAUUUAAUAAUUUCUGAACUCCAUAGUUUAGAUGUUCCAACAUUUCCAAUUGAUAGUGUUGUUUCAGGGAAUGAUAGGCGCUGUAGUUUCUAACUUUCUAUGCAUUUUCUUUUGUCUUUUGAGGAGAUUUUGGUAUUAGAUUCGGAAAUAGUAAUAGUUUUAUAUCUGGAUGUCUUACCGAAUAAAUGAAGACCUGAUAGUGGUACUAGUAGAUAUUAUCCAGUUUGUUGUCUAGGUUUCUCUUUAGUUGAGUGACCUAGAAACUGUAAAUCUCUGCUAAUAGCAAGAAUAGGGAAAAUUUGCCCUGAUUACAGCACUUUACA